AUGGGAGCUACCAAGUCAGCCAUCUCUCAAUCAGCUCUUCCGACUGAAUAUUAUGGGCCCUGGGCGGGCGCCCCUCCUGCCCCGGCCCAGGUCCGGCCCUGCAAUGUCGUAAAGGCUAUUUGCAUAAGCGUAUGUUGGAUUCUAUAUAAGCCAUGGUAUACUCCAUCGUCCUAUCAAGCCACCGCAGAUCUGAGGUCAAAUCUUCAAACAUAUAAUCAAACAAUCUGUAUCUGCGUCAAAUGCAGAUGCUUUAGCUGCAAAAAUGAAAGCCAUUCACAGAAGAAAGAAGAAGAAGAAGAAGCCGACUUUCUUGAUAUUAUGCUCGCAGUCUUUCUGCCUCCUGUUGCCAUAUAUAAGAAGCAAAAACGUUGUACGGCCAAACUGUGGGUAAAUAUGCUUCUCACGUUAUCAGGGAUUGUGCCGGGAAGCAUCCAUGCUGCCAUAUUUGUAACAAACUGAUGGCGAUGGACUCGAUCGAAUAAGUUCAGAUACGGUCCUUUAAUUGUAU